UGUUGUUUAUGAAUCAUGGCGAGCGAAUUGCUCAGUCAGCUUCGAGUGACCGCUCGCGAAAGGUGUUGAAAUACAAAAAAUAAAAUCGUUCUUCCUCUGUCACGUCGAUGUUUUAAGCUCCGAUCAGAUAUAUAUACUCCGCGAAGCACAAGGCCGAUGCGUAGUGCAAAUAGGAAACGACUGCUAUGACUACGACGACGAUCACGUUGGCGCGCGUUCCUUUGGCGAUCGCCACCGCCACUGUUCUGCUCCUCUUGAAUCUGUCCACGCCGCUAUCUGCCGAAUGGAUAGAUUGUAUCUCGCCGUCUGACGCUACUUGGAUCGUACAGUCGGACGACGUCGGUCGCGAUCAGCAGCAGCUCGCCGUUCGCGAUGCCGACGUAAAGAUCGCCUACGAGAGAGACCAGCUGGCCGUCUACGAGUAUGUGGGCCACGAUCUCGUCAAUGUGCUCUUGAACGAUACGCUCGUCUACUUUCAAGGUUCCAUAGUAAAUACGGCCGACGACAGCCAAGACAUGAGUUCCAAGGCCAAAACGACCAAGAUGUUCAAGUCGAACUUGGCCGGCACCGCGAGAUUAUCCCAAAGCGGGCCGAAUCUGACCGACUGCAAGUGGUAUUUUUCGAGGAAUCCAAAGAACGCUGAUCAAAAUGUGCCGGAAAACGUGGAAGUAUCGAUACUGCGAGAAGCAGCCUCGUGCGCCAAAGCGAAAUUAUGCAAGCGAAUCGGAUCGAUCAAUUUUCAAGACACCGUGAGAGCGAUCAAGCACCCCUUUCAAUUCGGCUCGAUCUCGGUGCUCACGAAAAUGGUCAACAAGACGAUCGACGACAAAGCUCUGAGGCAAGAGGUCAAAACUCUGCUGCGCCAGCUCAAUCCCGAGGAUUUGAACUCGCGCGACAUGACGUCAAAUCUACAGAUGACGAUCAAUCGAUUGGUUGAUCUAGCGGUGCUCGAGAUCGUGAAAAAACUGCGCAAAGAAAAUAUGGAGCAGAUCAACAUACCCGAUUUACAGCAGAACUUCACCACCGGCUCGUCGUGGUGGACGACCACCGGCGAUUUUAUUGCUCAACGUGGAACAUUCGAAGAUCUCACUACGCUUUCAAGGACAGGAGACGCGAAGUUGUCGCACGACGGGUUCAAAUUCAUAGCCUCGGGCAGUUUUGGCCUAUCCACCGCCAACAUGGCUUAUAAAAAAUACAAGCUUCGUUACGGCAUCAUCAAAGUCAACGGUAAAUUGUCAGCGGACGUUGAAGAUGCAGCCAUAACAGCGACAGCGAGCGUCGAUUACAAUCAAAAGCCAUGCCGCGUUCAACUCAGCGAUCUUCGAGUCAGUAACGUUGGUAAAGUUAAAGUAAAGCUCACAGGCUUGGGGCCUCUCAAUAAAUUAUUGUCUAAACUUGUCUCAUGGAUUACCAAGAAAUGGACCAGUGAAAUAGUGAGCCUAGUUGAAGAUAAACUGCGAAUUAUCGUUGCAGAGCAUCUAAAUAAUUUUGAUUGCGAAAGAUUCAGAUUAUAAUGAGACUGAGCUUGUGUUGAGUAAACAGAAGCCAUGAACAUUUUUUAAAAUUAUUCCAGGAGAUUAUUAAGCAUUUUGCCACAAUUAGUUUAAUACUUAGUUUCUAAAAAUAAUUUGUAUGAAUUAUAUUUACAUAAUAGUGUUA